ACAGUACACGUUAGUCUGAAAGCCAAUAAUAAUUGAUAAAAAUCCUAAAUGCACAACGUCAAAACGGGCUGUUCGCCACAGAGUACGUUGUUUAUAAGACCAAAAGUCUGAAAGUUGAAAGUUUAAACUGUUCAUAAAAAAUAUAUACAAUGAAGUCAUGAUUCCACCACUGAAAAGGGACUUUCCUUAUUUAUUGUGCUAUUUUAAGUAAGCGAAGAUGGAAGUAACUAGCGGUGCCGAAGAGGGUUUCGUAAGAGAAUGGACACCGUGUUCACAUAUUCUGAACUUGAUUCCUCCUAGAAUUCAGACUGGAUUAUUUUCGAAUGAAUUGUGUUUGACUUGUGUGGAUGCAGUAAGUGAAUAUAUUGCUCUCGGUACAAAUGUUGGCCUCGUCUACUGGUAUGAUAGGAAAAAAGGGAACAUUCAGCGACUGAGAUGCGAGGCCUCAACAUCUCCUAUUACUUAUGUCAAGAUUGUCAGCACUGUGGAUUAUAUGGUAGGAGCUGGAAAUGCCGCAGGACAAGUCACAGUGUUUCAGAUCCCAAAGGAACAUCCUGAAAAUUUACCUGACACUUUCAAACCGAAAGUAGAACCCAAAGUAGAAAGGUACACAAUAGGCGACCUGCACAAAAGCAAAAUAACAGCGAUAGAAUGGUCGAAGAACGGAAUGCGAUUGUUUUCCGGGGACAAGAACGGAGUGAUCAUUAUGACUGAAAUCGACUUCUACAUGCAUUUAUGCAAAUCUAUGGAGAUAGUGAACGAACAGCACGAGAUAGUUCAAAUGAGCUACUACCAGAACACACUGCUCGUGUCGAGCGUCUACCGGAGCAUCGUGUGCGAGCGACGUGACAAUCGCUGGCACGUCACGCAGCUGGGGAAGAAGGAGCGGAAGAGCCUGUGCGCGCUGGGCGCCGUGUUCCAGUACUCGUACGCGUGCGGCGGCGCGGCGGCGGCCUACUGCGCGCGGCCCGGCCUGCGCCUGUGGCGCGCCGACCUCGCGGGCCACGUGCAGCAGACGCUGCUGUUUAAGGAGGCGAUAUCGAAUCCUCUCACGGUGGCCGAGUUACUGAACCCGUCUCAAAAGAAGCAUUCGCACGCAGAGCGGGAAUACAACUUCGGGCCCCUGUUCGUGUUCCGCGAGCACUUCCUCGUGUCGCACAACGAGCACGUGCUCUACAUCCUGGACCCGCGCUCUCUGACCGCCGUGGCGGUCGUGGACGACCUCCGCAGGAUCCUGUCGGUGUCGGUGAGCAAGGACGAGAUCUUCGUGCUGGAGGGCGAGCGCUCGCUGCUGCGGCUGGCGCACGCGCCGGAGCCCGCCGCGCUCGCCACAGACGAACCGCCGAACCUCAUGACGAAGUCGCUCACGACGUCGCUGCAGCAGGCCGUCAACACCGUGCGCGACCUCACGCACCUGGACCAGACCGUCCCCUACAUCAGCAGCGUGCUGGAGCAACCCAUCUCCAUGUUCACGCGCAAUGAGACCCUCGACGCCGGCCUCGUCGCGCCCGGGGAGGAGUGCUUCGAGCUGCCCCCCAUCAAGCAUCUCCCGCUCGACAUAUCGGACAACGUGCUGGAAUCCAUUAUUAACGAGUUCAAGGACGUAUCAAGCGACGCGGAGGAGAUCCGACGGGUGAAGUCCGAGGAGCUGCAGAAGAAGCUCAAACUGUACAACAGGAUCAUGGAGAAGAAAUAUGACGAGGAGCUCAUACACAGCAGUCGCCGGAGCCGCAGGAAGGAGUCCGGCUCGGGACCGACCACCCCGCGCGUGGCCACGCCGGUCCGGAAACCGGACUGCGUCAGCUACACCAGCCCCUGCCUCAUGAAUAUCUCUGUUUAUGGUACCAUACCACAGCAGAAUGACGAUCUUUUGGAGCAACAGAUUGAAGAGAAGGAGAAAAUUCUCGCAAAAAUGCUGAAUUUAGAAUCUCUAAGUAUUAAAAGUCCUGUCGUGAAAGACGUUAAAAGUGACUUCAUUACAAACCCGAAAAAGCAAGACUUUGAUAAACCAGUACAACCUCCGCGUGAAUUUUCAACGCAACCAACAGAAAAACCGAUAGCCGAUAAACCAGUAUCGAAAAUCGAACCAGUCCAGAAGAAAAUCGAACCUGGAGAGUUAGUUCCUAAAGUUGUAAAAAUGCCCAAUAACUGGAAUUUAGAAAAUAUUCAAUUAAAAUUAGACAUAAAGAACGGCGUUAAGGACGCAACUAGUCUCGUGUCACCUGACGACCAUUUGGACAGCGAAUGGGAAGUCAUAUGAUACUUUAAUACAUUCGCUAAGGAUUCGAAGCCACGCGAUGCUUAAACACGCUUCAACAUGCAGUUCAUUUCAAGGGAAGUUGGAAAAUUAAAA